CUAUUGUCGCUUAGGCAUGUUACCAUUGGCGAGCUGGAAAAGCUGUCUCGUCCGAGGCAGAGAAUCAGGACGGAGGAGGAUGUCCAGGCAUGGAAGCUCACCAGGGGUUACCAAGACUAUGGUCUCUUCCUGCGACGCCUGAACGGAUCCGUCGUCGGGCAUUUCCUGCCCUGGUCUAGUCCGACAGCCUAUCCAGCCAUAGAGUCGACCCUGCGCUUGUUGAGCGCACUCGACCGCUGGAUCGACGAGAUCCCGCCUUUACAUACCCCUCAGAGAUUUGGGAACCUCGCUUUCCGCACUUGGGGGAGGCGGCUCGAAGAUGAAUGUAGUUCGCUCUUGGCUUCUCUCCUCCCGCUCGAAUUCCACCCAGCAAUUCCACAUAUCUCUCCGUACCUAUUGGCUUCCUUUGGGUCGUUCACGCGGAUCGACUACGGCACUGGCCACGAGACGUCCUUCGUUCUGUUCCUGUUCUGCCUCACCCUCAUCCGGUUCUAUGAUCCAGAGCCGGCGGUGGAACGGGAGAUCGUGCUAACCGUGUUUGUGCGGUACCUCCGGCUCUGCUGGAGACUGCAGGACGUCUACAAACUUGAGCCCGCGGGGAGCCAUGGUGUUUGGGGUCUCGACGACUACAGUUUCCUCGGAUACAUCUUUGGCAGCGCUCAGCUGAGAGAUCAGAGCGAGAUACCUGUCUCCGCAGUGCUCCGCCCGCCCUUGCCUUCGACGAAUCUGUACUUUCUAUCAAUCUCGAGAAUCCACGAGGUCAAGUACGGCCCGUUUCACGAACAUUCUUCCCAGCUGUAUAGCAUUGCGACGGCGGUGCAGCAUUGGCACAAGGUUAACUCGGGCCUCUUCAAAAUGUACGAGGCCGAGGUGCUCGGCAAGCGGGUCGUCGUGCAGCAUCUUCCCCUCGGCGGUUUGAUAGAGUGGGAUGCCCCU